AUGGCAGGAGGAGGUGCACUGUCUCCGGGAGAGAGGCACUGUACACAUACACAGGCUGGCUGCGCUAUCAGACAGUGCCGCAGGGACAAAGGCAGGAGCCCCCCAGUGUGCCGGGAGCAGCCCCUCAGUGUGCCGGGAGCAGCCCCUCAGUGUGCCGGGAGCAGCCCCUCAGUGUGCCGGGAGCAGCCCCUCAGUGUGCCGGGAGCAGCCCCUCAGUGUGCCGGGAGCAGCCCCUCAGUGUGCCGGGAGCAGCCCCCCAGUGUGCCGGGAGCAGCCCCUCAGUGUGCCGGGAGCAGCCCCUCAGUGUGCCGGGAGCAGCCCUCGUCCGCAGCCCGCUGGGAUCUCCAUGUCCCGGAGCCGAGACUCCUCCAGUGCAGGUGACGAUUAGAGGCAUGGAUAUCACAUAAUCGGCCUUCAGUUGCGACAGCGGACUGCGAAUCUUUACAAAUGCUCGUCUCCUUGCAGAACAGCGCUGAGAAAAGCAUGGAUGAAUCAGCUUUGUUGGACCUUUUAGAAUGCCCGGUGUGUCUGGAGAGACUUGAUGCCUCCGCUAAGGUCUUGCCAUGUCAGCAUACAUUCUGCAAACGAUGCCUACAGGGGAUUGUAAGUUCCCGGAGUGAGCUGCGCUGCCCAGAGUGCAGGACGCUGGUGGAAUGUGGGGUGGAUGAACUUCCUAGCAAUAUUCUACUGGUGAGACUCUUGGAUGGAAUCAAACAGAGGCCCCGGAAACCAGGGCCAAGCACUGGGAAUAGCACAAACGCAUUAAGAGCACAAGGUAACGUUACCACUAAUUGUGGCACAAGUGACACACAGAGUACUCAAGGAGGACCUCAGAGGAUCCAAGCACGGAGCCCUCCAGUGAGGGGUGUACCUCAGUUACCAUGUGCCAAAGCUUUGUACAACUAUGAAGGGAAAGAACCUGGGGAUCUGAAAUUUAACAAGGGCGACAUCAUUGUGCUUCGCCGACAGGUCGAUGAGAAUUGGUACCAUGGAGAAAUCAAUGGAGUCCAUGGCUUCUUCCCAACCAACUUUGUGCAGAUAAUAAAGCCUUUACCUCAACCUCCGCCUCAAUGUAAAGCACUUUAUGACUUUGAAGUGAAAGACAAGGAAGCUGACAAGGACUGCUUGCCAUUUUCAAAGGAUGACAUUCUCACGGUGAUCCGCAGAGUGGAUGAAAACUGGGCAGAAGGAAUGCUGGGAGACAAAAUAGGAAUUUUCCCGAUUUCCUAUGUGGAGUUUAAUUCAGCAGCUAAGCAACUCAUCGAGUUAGACAAGCCCUCGGGAGUGGACUCUGGGGAAGGAACUUCUGGGACAGCACAUAGCAGCUCUUCCCAAAAGCACACAGAUACCAAGAAGAACACCACAAAACGUCACUCUUUUACCUCUCUGACCAUGUCGAACAAGUCAUCGCAGUCUGUACAGAACCGUCAUUCCAUGGAGAUCAGUCCUCCUGUGCUCAUCAGCUCCAGCAACCCCACAGCUGCUGCCAGAAUAAGUGAGCUCUCCGGCCUGUCCUGCAGUGCUCCUUCUCAGGUCCAUAUCAGUACUACAGGGCUUAUUGUGACCCCACCCCCGAGCAGCCCUGUAGUUAGUGGCCCUGCAUUUACAUUCCCACCGGAAAUCGCCUACCAAGCUGCUCUGGGAGAUUUGAAUCCUCCACUCUUGCCUCCUCCACCAUUGACUGCUGCUGUUGUUGUCUCCACAACUUCUGGGGCGACAUCUUCUACUGCUGGACAGAGAUUGGCCGGCGGUCCUGCUGAACAAGUUGCACACCUUAGGCCGUCGACUCGACCAAGCGUGUGUGUUGCUAUCUAUCCCUAUUUCCCGCGCAAGGAAGAUGAGCUGGAGCUGCGGAAGGGUGAAAUGUUUUUAGUGUUUGAGCGCUGUCAAGACGGCUGGUUCAAGGGGACCUCCAUGCACACCAGUAAAAUCGGAGUUUUCCCUGGGAACUAUGUAGCACCUGUUACAAGGGCAUUAACCACUGGGUCACAAGCUAAAGUGGCCAUGGCAACAGCAGGUGGAGGCACCCAGAUGGUCAACAUGGUGGCACCGUGCUCAAGUGGCGUGCCCUGCCAGAAGCCACAAGGAAAUGGUGUGGACUUUAGCAAAACAGUGAAUGCAAAUGGAGUCUCCCCGACCGUUUCAGGAGGACAUAUCCAGACCAGCCCACAGUCUAAGGUCCUUAUUCACAUGAGUGGCCAAAUGACUGUAAACCAAGCCCGGAAUGCUGUCAGAACAGCUGCAGCACAUGGUCAGGAGCGUCCAACUGCUGCCGUUACCCCCAUGCAGGCCCAGAACCCAGCAGCUUCUGUCAACAGUCACCCAGGCAGCUCUUCUCAGCCCAUCCAGCCAACGCUUUCCAGCCCAGCAGCUUACAUCAACGCCGCAAUGAAUCUCAACAGACCAAACAUGCCAAUGGCCUGUACCCUUUCCAACAGCAGUGCACCUUCCUUAGAGGCAGAUGGCAACUGGAAAACUAGCUGCACAGGCACUGGAUGUUCUUCAUCUCCUGAUAAUGCACCUUCAAGUUCUGCCACUAAUAAGCAGGACAAGGAUGGCAGGAAGGAAAAAAAAGGCUUGCUUAAGUUGCUGUCUGGAGCAUCCACCAAGAGAAAGCCCCGGGCAUCUCCACCUCACUCACCAACUCAAGAACUGGAACAGGCAGUCCCAGAGGCUACUAUAGAAGGAGCAGUAGGUCCUGAUGUCACCAGUGCCAGUGGUCGAGCUGCUGCCUGCAAUGUGGAUGGUGAGACUGUAUCAGCUUCCACCAUGACACAGGACAACCGUAAGACAAAUAUGGUGGAUCCCGGCAUUCCUAUAGCGCCUCCACCAAGACAGCCUUGCUCCUCACUGGGCCCUGUACUCAGUGAUUCUCGUCCUGUUAUCUGUGAAAGAUACAGGGUGGUAGUGUCAUAUCCUCCACAGAGUGAGGCUGAGCUUGAACUCAAGGAAGGGGACAUUGUAUUCGUGCACAAGAAACGUGAAGAUGGUUGGUUCAAAGGCACUCUACAGCGGAAUGGCAAAACCGGUUUAUUCCCCGGGAGCUUUGUAGAGAACAUAUAAUUCUUCAUCUGCAUCCGUAAAUGAGCACAAACAUAUCAGAGCAGCUGUUCUACAUGUCUUCAACCUUUAGAGGUAGAAAUGGCCACUGGCACCAGAGGAGUUAACACUGGGCACUUAUGGCACCACUGCAGAGCGCUGAAGAGCAAGUGCAUUGGAAGGGCCUGGAAAGUGUCCACUGGUUUCUUACUUCCCCAGACUUUCUUUUGCCCAUGUCAUUUGUGCCUUGUACUGUUAAGUUUAUACUUUUUUAUUAUUUCUUUUUACCUUAACAGCAAAUAAACCGAUGUUUACAAGGUGUUAGCUAAUAAUUUAUUUGCUUUCUUUUGGUUUUGUACAUUUGAAAUCCCUUUUUUCUUCUUUUUGUUGAGAUAGAUAAAAUCUUUUGAAUGAUAAAUAUAACAAAUUAUUAAUUUAUGAAAUGGCACAGAAAAGAGAAGCUGGAUUCUUUUCUCUCCGACUGACCUGGAUACUGACAAUAGCCUGUUGUUUUAAUAAUGAUAGUUUUCAUUGGUGGGUAGGGAAUGUGUGUAUUUUGUAGCAUAGAAAUGCCACUUUCGUAAUGACGAACAUGAGAGAAGCAGAGUAACCUGUAACUGUUUGUUCACAAUGUGUAGAGUGUUUGUGACCUUUAGUUUUUUUUUUUCUUGUUUUUUUUUUGUUUUUUUUACAAGUAAUAAAAAAGAACUGUCUACAUAAUGCACUAUUAAUGGUCAAGACUCUGGUCAGUGUUCAUUUUCACCACUCCUAGUAUAGAAGAUGCAAAGGAAAUGACAUGAUGCAUUUCAGCAUGUUUUUGGGCAGGCAAAUGUUUCCAUUUUCGGCUUAAGUGGCUGUAGGUGUUCGUCUUCAGACUACAGAAAUAGGUCCUGUUGUGGAAUACAUUGCCUGAUGGCAAGACGUUCUGUAGUUUGUAAAAAUAUAAGUCGAUCCAACAAUGGGUCAAAUAGCAGGAUCUGGUUGAAUAUGGCAAAGAAAUCCCUAGCUGCAGCAAACCAUGCAUUUAGGACUGGAAUCUCUAGCAGUUUAUUCCUUAACUAGUCACAUUCCACAACCAACUGAGAACUUGCUGGGAAAAAAAAACAUUUAUCAAAGCAUUAUAUGUUUCACUCACUUAAAAUGGGUUGUUUAUUAUUAGAAAAUGGGUCAAUCUUAUCUGUGGGCUGUGGCUGGAAAGCCUAAAUCACUGAUACGGUGUCCCCUCUGUGCAACUGAGCUCAGAAAGAACAGAGAUUUUUAUGUAUAAAUUGCACGUUUUGCUGAAUCUGCUCAGUUUCUCCUGCUCUAUAACAUGCUGCUUGCAGAAUGCACUGCAUUUUAUGGUAAUAGGUUACUUUUAAAAAUGUAGUGUUGUCCGCCAGCAGUAUGUUAUAGAGCAGGAGGAGUUCAGAAAAUUGAUACAUUGUUUUAUGGAAAUUGAUUCAGUAAAACCUUUAAUCUAUACAUUUAAAUUCCUGCUCAUUCUGGGCUUUGAAGUCAAGGAGUCGGUCCUAUCAGUUAUGACAGCUAUCUCUGU